CUAGUAAAAAAUAAAAAGGACAAAUCCAUGAAAAACAAAAAAAUAAAAAGAAGGAAAAAAUAGUAUACAAACGUAGGAGAGGAAGAGAGACUCCACCCGCUCUAACACGCAAUUAUACUUAAUUCAACCUAUAAAAUUAUAAAUGAUUGCCUUCUACCUCAUCCACUUCUGAUUUCAAUUUUUUAAUUAUUAUUUUAAAUUGCUGAAAUCUAAUUCGAUUAUCCCGUAUUUGAUUUCAUAACAUCGUUCUAAGUUUGAUUUCCAUGCCGAGAAAGGGCUUUUGCUAUAUAGAUUUUGGUAGCUUUCUGUAGCAAAAUUCUUUCAGAUUUUAGUCAAUGGACAGGGAUAGUUAUCUGAAUUCUACGGUUGACGUCAAUGAAACUCAGGCCUUGGCUUCUAGGGUUUCCCAUCUCUCGGUGAGCGAGGAAAUCCUCGACCAGGAUCAUGGUUAUCUGCCGAAUCACGAGGAGCGUGAAAAUUGUAAUGACCAUGCAGCAGCUAAUGGAUUUCAUAACAGACCAAUGAACGAAUCAAGGUCAAGGGAAUAUGGUUCAGAUUUAUACCGAGGCUUCACAGAGGAGAAUGAUGCUGGGCGUGAGUCUGAAACUUUAUGUGGAGAGCAGAGGAAGUGCUUUUACUAUGAUGCUCCGCUUUCUGAAGAUACUGGAGUUUGGAUACCUGUUUCUGUUCCUCCUAUGUUGGAAACAGAGCGUGAAGAGUGGGAUAGAGGUUUCCACUUUCAUGGGGGUUAUUUCCCUGAUGGUGAGAUAGGGUGGAGCCACUUCACUGAAGAAGAUAAAGAGAUGACUAUGUGGGAUGUCAUGGUGGAAAUGUUACUUGCUGCUCGUGGAAAAGUUAACUCUUUAGCUUCUGGUGAUAUUAGUACAUCUAAGUUUUCAUGGAUAUCAAAUCAUGUACUUGAGCAGGCUUGGCAAGAAAUGGCUCAAACUCUCACAGAUGAUGUUGCCAAUGUGAGGGAGAUCAUUGAGGCAGACCCACCAAUAUGGUUGGUUGAUAGUGCUGCAUCUGCUUGUAUGUUAUGUGGUGUGCGGUUUCAUCCAAUCAUGUGUUCUAGACAUCAUUGCCGGUUUUGUGGAGGAAUAUUUUGUGGUGAGUGCUCUAAGGGAAGGAGCUUGAUGCCUGCCAAAUUUCGCACUGCAGAUCCUCAGCGCGUUUGUGAUGUGUGUUUUGUGCGGCUUCAGUCUGUCCAGCCUUACUUAAUGGACCAAGUAAGUCAUGCUGCUCAGCUUCCAACAAAUGAUCUCACAGACCUUAGCACUCUUAGAUCGUGGCUCAAUAUUCCUUGGGGACAGUCUAUGGAAUAUGAGAUAUAUAAGGCAGCUAAUACAAUCCGAGCAUAUAACAUGGUCUCUUCCUUGAUGCCGGAUAAGUCAAUUCCAGAUGCCAUUCUACGGCAAGCAAAAGGCCUUGCAAUAAUUACUGCUGUAAAAGUUGGAGUCAUGUUUACCUAUAAUAUAGGUACAGGAAUUGUGGUUGCUCGAAGAGAAGAUGGCUCAUGGUCUCCCCCAUCAGCUGUUUCCACAUGUGGUGUUGGUUGGGGAGCUCAGGCUGGAGGAGAGUUGACUGACUUUAUUAUAGUUCUGAGAACAAGUGAUGCAGUAAAGACAUUUAGCGGUAAUGUGCAUCUAUCAGUAGGAGCUGGCGUGAGUGCAGCUGUUGGUGUUGUUGGCAGAGCGGUUGAAGCUGAUUUUCGAGCUGGAGAUGGUGGCUAUGCUGCUUGUUAUACUUAUAGCUGCAGUAAAGGGGCAUUUGUGGGUUGUUCACUUGAAGGGAGUAUUGUGACUACUCGAAGACAUGUGAACUCCAAAUUCUAUGGCAAUCAGUCUUUAACUGCAGCAGAUGUUCUUCUAGGGUCUGUACCUAGGCCACCAGCUGCUGCUGUCCUAUACCGUGCUCUUGGAGAUUUGUAUGAAAAGAUUGAGUCUUGAGUCCAACUCCAACUCCAACUCCAACUAGCUUGAUAGCGCAUUGGUAAAAGAAAAUUUCAAGAACAGAUUCCCGUGAACUGCUUAUAACUUGUUCAUUCAUUAUGCAACACAAUUAAGCUGUACAGGUCCUUCUGCCAUUCUUUGCUCCUAUUGAUGCAAAGCAUGUACAAGAAUAGAAGUGUUUCAUCAUUGAGGCAAUGUAAAUAGUUUACACACUUUCUAUCUGUAGUCUCUUCUGGGAUGGUUUUUCUGUAAAUAAUUUCUUAUAUUGGCAAAUUCUUAUGUUGCCAACCUGUUGCUCUUUAUUUAUUUAUUUUUUAAAAAAUGAUUAUUUAUUGAUCAA